UCUCGAAAGCGGUUCACAAGCCGGGGCAGCUGUGAUUUGGAUAAAAUGUAAGGAUUUAGAUUAUGGAUUUACCCCGAGUGUUGGCUGAUCCAUAGGAGAAGCCAAACCCCUAAAUAUUUCCUCGAUUUCUAUGCAGCUUGUAGUUUUAUCUGCACGCUUUUAUUACAGCGUUACAUAGGGCUAACUUGUACUGAGUUGAAGUAUCUAAGGGGAGUUUUGGAGCUUGCACGAUGACAGAGCGAACCCCUCUCCUCCACUACCGCCUGUCCGCCAGCCUCAAUGAAUCCGAGCCCCAGUCGCCUCAGUCUGAUCAUGCCGUGGACGAACACCGCAAGAGUCCCAGGCACCGGUCCAAUCAGCCGGGCCAACCCAAGAAGCUGUCCACCUUCUUCGGAGUAGUCAUCCCCACCCUUCUGUCUAUGUUCAGCGUGGUAGUCUUCCUCCGGAUAGGUUUCGUAGUGGGUCAAUGUGGACUGUACCAAGCGUUUGCCAUGUUUUUGGUGGCUUAUAUCAUCAUCUCACUCACAGUGCUGUCCGUCUGUGCUAUCUCCACAAACGGAGCCCUUGAUGCCGGAGGAGCCUACUACAUGAUCAGCAGAGCGUUGGGUCCAGAGUUCGGUGGUAGUAUUGGUCUCAUGUUCUUUCUGGCCAAUGUGUGCGGUAGCGCCCUCUACGUGUUGGGUUUGGUGGAGGCUGUUCUUGCCACAUUUGGAGUUCCAGAAGAUGGCAUUAUCACCAGUCAUUACCAGGUCCUCCCUUCAGGAUACUGGUGGGCUCUGCUCUAUGGGACGGUGAUCGCUCUGCUGUGCCUGGUCGUGUGUUUGGUUGGAGCUCAUAUUUACGCCAAAGCUACCUUCCUCAUUUUUAUUGUGGUGAUGGUAGUCCUCCUCACCAUCUUCAUCAGUUUUUUUGCUGUGAUGCCUCGAGUAGUGCAGUUGCCAGCCGAAGCCACCUUGAACCCGAUCGGCAACGGGACCUUGGGCCCCAUCACAGCCAACUUCACAGGCUUCAAGAUCGAUACGCUCAUGGGGAACCUGUGGGCUGACUACGCGCGGGAUUACACAACAGGCAAAAUGAUGACUUUCGCCACAGUCUUCGCUGUCAUGUUCAACGGCUGUACAGGGAUCAUGGCCGGAUCCAACAUGUCCGGAGACCUGAAGAAUCCCAGUUACUCCAUCCCUCGUGGCACCAUCACAGCCGUCAUCUUCACCUACAUCAUCUACAACCUGCUGUGUGUGCUGGAGGCCUGCUCUUGUGACCGACUGCUGCUUCAGAAGGACUACAGCUUCCUGAGGGACAUAAACAUCUGGGGUCCGUUCGUUACUAUUGGGGUCUACUCCUCCACUCUGUCUGCAGCCAUGAGCAACCUGAUCGGAGCCUCACGCAUCCUCUACGCCCUGGCCCGUGAUGACCUGUUUGGAAAGGCACUGUCACCAGCGAAGAAGACCUCACACAGUGGUAACCCUUGGGUGUCUGUGCUCAUCUCCUGGUUUCUUGUUCAGCUGGUGCUGUUCUCUGGAAAGCUGAACACAAUCGCUAGCAUCGUGACCAUCUUUUUCCUGCUGGUGUACGCUGCUGUGGAUCUGGCCUGUCUCGCUCUGGAAUGGGCCUCUGCUCCAAACUUCAGACCCACUUUCCGGUACUUCACAUGGCACACCUGUGUUUUGGGCAUCGUGGGCUGCGCAGUGAUGAUGUUCCUGAUUAACCCCAUCUACGCCUCCGCCAGCAUCGCCUUUAUGCUCCUGCUCCUGCUCCUCAUCCACUACCUCAGUCCCACCUCCAGCUGGGGGUAUAUCAGUCAGGCCCUCAUCUUCCACCAGGUGCGUAAAUACCUGCUCAUGCUGGACGUGAGGAAGGAUCAUGUGAAGUUCUGGAGACCCCAGAUUCUGCUGAUGGUGUCGAACCCUCGCAGCAGUGUCGGUCUCAUCACUUUUAUCAACGACAUCAAGAAGAGUGGCCUCUAUGUCCUGGGACACAUCCAACUGGGAGACCUCAGUAAACUCCCAUCAGACCCUCUGCAGUCUCAGUAUGACUCCUGGUUGUCUCUGGUGGACCAUCUCAACAUCAAAGCCUUCGUCAACCUGACUCUGGCCAAUUCAGUGCGACACGGAGUUCAGCAUCUGCUCUUCAUCUCGGGACUGGGUGGCAUGCGCCCUAACACUUUAGUCCUCGGUUUCUUUGAUGACUGCGCCCCUCGAGACACUCUGAUCGACCCGGUGAUGUCCUCCAGUCAGUCCAUAGACCUGUCCAACCACUCCCAGGACGCAGAGCGCACCUCCCCCCCGUUCCACUUUGCCCCUUUGCGCGAGCCAGGCGACAAACAAGGCACUACUGUGGAUGGCAAGGUCCUUAGCCCCCAGGAGUACGUAGCUAUUGUCGCCGAUGCUAUGAAGAUGUCUAAAAACGUCAUCCUGGCUCGGUAUUUUAAUGAUUUUGACCGCGCCGAAGCAUUGUCACCACAAUCAUUCUCUCAAUUCAAAAGUGCAGUUUUUAUCGAUGUAUGGCCAGUCAACUUGUUUCGCCCAGACAGCUGUAGCUAUGUGGACACCUGCUCUCUCUUCCUAUUACAACUAGCCUGCAUUUUGAACAUGGUCCGAGCUUGGCGCAAAGCAACAAUCCGCCUUUUCUUGUGCGUGGAGGAGGGGAGGAGUGUGCAGGGAGCAGAGCAAAAGUUAGGCCACUUGCUGAAGGAGUUGAGGAUUAAAGCGCAAGUCUACCCUGUGCCAUGGGACCAGCAGGUGGAGCUACACUGGCAACGGCAAGGUGAUUUUAAGUCAACAGAAUCGUCGGAAAGCACCAAGCAUGAUGAAGAGGAGGAGUAUGCCAACAGUUUCCCUAGCAACACCUCGCGUCUUUCAGAUGAGUAUCUCGCAGCAGUAAAUAAGCUAAUUCUGGACCAGGCUAAACCUCCAGCCGCUGUCCGCUUCUUGUAUUUGCCCCGCCCCCCUGCUGACACACGCCGAUAUGCUUCAUAUUUACACCAAUUGGAGAUGCUGACCAAAGAUCUUGGGCCAACGCUGUUAAUUCAUGGAGUUACACCCGUCAUUACUACUGAUCUCUGAAAUUCACUGAAUUCUACUUUUAACAAUCGGUGAAGUGUGCAAAACAUGCUGAGAUUGGUGACUACCUGAUGACACUCCAUGUGACCAAAUAUGUUGGACUAUUUAUUAUUUAAAGGAAAAAUUAUAAUCUGCACACUGUUUGUAAAUGUGAAUAUUGGGGAAAGGUUGUGUUUAGUAGUUCAAUUUUAUUGAAACUCAAACCAUAGAAAUUCUGUGUAUUUUUCAAUCAGGCUUUUUCCUGAUACUGUUAUAGCAACUCUUUUAAAUGUGGCUAAUGCCUUGUCUGAUACAAAUAUCUAAAUUUAUCCAGGUUUGGGACAGAGGCAACACAUUUUUUGCAUAGUAUUUUUUACUUUCUAUAACAAAUGGGUAACACUUUGUAAUAACUACACUAUUCAGGACCUUUGAAGAAAUACUUAAUUCAUAAUGAACAAAAAGCAUGUUAAGAAUCAAGCUUAGUAACUAUUCAAAUACGGGGUUAGGGUUUUAAGUUGUUACCAAGCCUGAAUCAUUGAAAGGUCCUAUAUUAGACACAAUUUACUCUUUUGAGCUUUAAGUCAUGUUAUAAUUUUGUUACCUCAUCAAAACCAUACCUGGAGUUGUGAUUUGUUUCAUUUAUACGUUUUCAAGUUAAUAGCUACCUUUUGCCUUUAGUUUAAUAGAGACUGGAAAUUCAGGGACUGAAAUUAUCCAAAUGAUUCUAGUGAAGGUGUAUGGAGUUUAAAAACACAAUGGAGCUCUUCCUGUAUUACCACAUGCCAUCACAAGGUGGAACAGUGAACUCAGCCUAAAUAUGCUGGGUUUGUGUGUUAAAAAUGUGAGUGAAAUAAAUACAUCUCCAGGUAUGUUUGUGAUGAGGAAACAACAUAACGAAAUAGUGCAAUAUGGGUUCUUUAAGGUGUACUUAUUAUAACAUGUUACCUACAAAUGUAAUCAAAUGUGUCAAAAUUAGUUGUUAUUUUAUUGUAGUUUUAAAUUGAUAAUCAUUUUAUAUUUUGUCAAAUUUAAGUCAUUUAUCCCUUUAAUUACUUGCACGUCAUGAUUUUAAUUGAAAGAAACACAAUAUCUGUGUGUACAAAACAUUAGCAUUGUUUACACUUUAAAUUGAACCACUGAAAUGCACAAACUUUCCCACAUGAUUCUAAUUCCAUAACAUGUGCUUUUAUUAGUUAUUUACUAUUAGCCUACUGUAUGUUUUUACUGUAGUAUUAUUCUAAUUCAGUAUCUACCUGUAGCAUUCGUUCAACAUUUUAACUCAAACAUAACAUGCACAAAAAUCUACUGAUGACAAGUAUUACAGCCUUUAUAUAACUUUACUUUGUUCAUCUGUGCUAAACCAUUACAAUGUACAAAAUAGUGUUCCUUUCACUUACUUUUAUUCAUCCUUCCAUUACUCAGCAGCUCUGCAGUGCCAAAUUACCUGCUCAUUUCUGUCCCUCUUUAAUUCACUCCCCCCCUCAAAGGCAAAUUUCAGAUAUAGUUCAUUGUUCGUGAGCUUUCUUUUCUUUUUCUGCACGCUACCAAGGCUCAAUUUCCUUAAAAUGAUCAUUCCAUAUGCCUUUAGAUCCCAAAAGUGCCUAGUUACAGCAGAAGUUUGGCAACGGUCCAUCAGUGACUGAGUUGGAGGCGGUCGUUUUGAGGAAGUCUGCUCUUUUCAUUUGGCUGGCAAGGUGCAGUUCGAACAAAAACGAAAUAACUGAAUAUUUAUAGUGACGACGGUGCUUCUAUGGAGACCUUUGUCCCACCAGUCUUUUUUAUGGCAGACCUCAGGACUUUCCAAAUGUACAUUUUUAUCCAAAUCUUAUUUUUGCCAAACUGCAGACAAUGUAGCUUUGAAAUAAUAUAACGUAAUGUUUACAACCACAUGUCCACUGUGAUGAUUAAACUUUUAAGAUAUUUUUUUAAGUUUUUAGCUUUCUAGUCAACUAUAUUUGAAGUUUGACAAGGCUUAAUUAGAGCUAAAGUGCCAUUAAAAUAUUCCAAGAGAAAUAUUUUAUCCAUUUAAUCCAGAAUUUUUUUUUUUUUUUUAGGGGGGGGGGGUCAUAGUACAGUAUAGUACGGCAUGCAAAAUGAUUUACUACGUAGACAUCUUAAGCCCCACAUUCCAAAUAUGUUCAAAGAAAAACACACAGCUUAUUAAAUGUAAAUGUAAACACUUUUUUUUUUUUUUUUUUUUUUCUCAGUCUGAUCAGUGAAUUCAUACAUACAUUGAUACUCCUUUCUACGUUUUUGGCUUCCAGAAGUUCAUGUCACAGUGUUUGUAAUGAAACACGGGUUGGUGAAGGUUGGUUUGUAUGUCAAAUGGGGAAACAUGAAGUUAGUGGAUAUUUUAAAGGUACACAAUAUAACUUUUCUGGUUGAGGGUACGUCACCUGUUUAUCACACAUUCCAUCACAAUUAUUUUGUAUUUGGUGUUUUUAUUGCUAAUUGCUUUGAGCGGGGUCUGAGAUCUGGCCUGUAAGUUGGCCUGGCAUGCUUGUCUCCAUGGUGAUAGAUACAUUCACAUUUAAUGCCAUACUUUGGAACUAGGGCUGUCACGAUAAUCACUAUAUCGACUUUUUCAGUAUAUGGAAGGCAGAACAAUAUAUUUUUCUUGUGAACAUUUUCUUUGCACUAUUGGGAAACCUUUGGUUAUUUUUUGGCAAAAUUAUAAGAUUGAAUCCAUAAAAGGUUUAAUUGGUAACUUCUAUGACUCAUUACAGAUGCAAAUUAAUUAAUAAAGUGUUUCAUUCUGCGUUGUUUUGUUUUUUUUUGUUUUUUUUGCAGCUUUUUAACAAUAUUGUACAUGUAGAACUUACAUGUACGUACUUUUUUGUGCUUUAAAUCUGCUCUUGGGUUACUGUGUCAGUGGCAUAAAUUAGUUUCAAUAUUAUAACAAUAUAUCAAACUUCAAAAUGUAUUAUUGUGACAAACCUGUUUGGAACAUUCUACGCAAACAAUCUCAUCUUUAUGGAGACAACCUGGUAGCGUGUCCUAAAGAAGACAGGUCAUCUCAAAGUGGGCAAAACACAAACUAUUUCAUUUGAAGGGUACUUUCUCAAGUAUUUUUAGUUUUUUUUUCUCCAGAUUUUAUUGAAUAUUUUGGCUUCGAGGUCACUGUUUUUUCCUGUAUGAAGUAUCGAGUGUUUUUACAGAGACCAAACUGCACUGUGAAGCGUGAAUGCAUUUUGUGUUUUGACAUAGUUCUGAAGGACAUUACGUGCAGCACUAUGUAAUUUAAGUUUGUCGCUGUUUCUGAUUGUGAUUAUUAUAUUUAGAACCUUAAAAACUGUUCGAUACCUCUUGACAAUCUCUGUAAAACUGACUGAAUUGUGAACUUUUUCAAUAGUAUUUUAUAGGAAAUGAUUUUGAACUCGCUCUGAACUCACUUGUCUGGUAAAACAUAUGGACCACUCCAACACACUAUAUUUUAAUCUUUGUAUUGUUUAACUAUGGGAUUAUAUGUAGUUUUAAAUUUUUAUACAAUUUUUUUUUUUUUUCCCCAGACCAAGGCUAAGUUUGUUUUCAUACCUUGGUCUGCAAAAAGAAUCUAUUAAAAGAAAUGACCAGAACACCUCGUUGGAUUGCAGUUUGAGCUUCAGACAUGAUCAACAUCUACCAUUGUCCUGUUAAAAUCCCAUAGUUUUUUUGUUUUUUGUAAUUACUCUAUACAUUCUAUACUGGUGCUAAUCAAAAUUAUACUCAAGACUGAAUGUAGGCUUGUCUAUGUUAUGCUAUACUGAACUGAUACAAAACCAAUGACUGAAGAAAGAAUACACAAAAGUUUCCAAUCACUUGUGUCAUUAAUGGCAAUAUGUAAGAUCUGAUCCUAAAUUUGGCCUUUUUGUCAAUUGAAAAUGGUACUUUGAAAGCUCAAUGUAUACAGGUACAGAUAUCUUUCAACACUACAUAUAAUCCCUUCCAAUUUUGUUUCAAUCUCCAAAAUAUUCACAGUCUGAAAUGUAAC